GCUGGUUGGACGGUGACGUCACAGGAGGCUGCUGCUAGCUAAAACUAGUCAAAAACACUCCGGAGGCGAAAGCGAGGCAGCGAUGAACCGACCCGGUCAUGGUGGGGCUUCGACAUCCACGAGCUUCACCACAAGGAUAACAGAAAACCGAUGCUCAGACUCAGAUCUGACAGAGGAGGACAUAUGCAAUCUACAGAUUGAACUGGCGAAGAUGGAGGAUGAGAUUCAGACAUUGAGGCAGGUGCUUUUGGUCCGAGAAAAAUAUGCAGCAGACAUCAGGAGGCAGCUGGGUAUGAGCCCUCUCAGUAACAUCAAACAGAACCUGUCCAAAGGCUGGCAAGACGUCCAGACCUCCGCCCCAUAUCUCACAGCCUCUGCCACUUUGGAGGACAUCAGCCACUCCAACAUAUAUAUGAGGACACGAGAGAGUUUCACUCAUGCAGGCCAGGUGACCUCAUCUGCGAUGUCCAAUAUGGGCGUGACCAUCACCAGGAGACUGGCGGAGAUGAGAGCUCUGUCUCUUCCGAGCCCACCACGCGCCCUGAGCCACACCAUAAGUGUGCCGUCCAUGAGACAUUCCUCUACGUUCAAGUCUUUUGAGGAAAUGGUCGGAAAUGUGAAGGACAAGGUGAGUGGAGGUCUCACAAAUAACGGAGACACCUCUGGGUUUGAAAGAAGAUCCUCACGCACAUGAGAUGGACCCUUCUAAACAUAUCACAAACAAUAAUGUUUCAUACCUUGUAAAGUUAUGAAAUAAGGUUAUUUUUCUCCCUUGUCUGUGUUAAUUUGUCCACUGUUAUUUAUUGUAUUAAUACAACACGACAAGUAGAAUGUAUUACAAUUGCAAUGGAAAAUUAUUUUAAACUUAAAUGUAAAAAUAGUCUUUUAAUAUAUGUUAUAUUUCUGCAUGUCAGAUAAAUGUAAUGUGCAAGUUAUUUACUUUGACAUGCAGUGUGCAGUAAACCCAUCUGGUAUUUGCAAUAUGCAUUCAUUGACAUUAAUUGUGACAU